GCUUCGAAACUAAUUCGCAUUCGGAUACGUUCUUAUAUAUGUCGAGUUGCGCACAAACGUAGCGCUGAAAGCAUUUCAAAGCAAUUCUAGGCAGUAUAGAACAGCGAAUACGUUCAGUUGGCGUCGCGACGUCACGACUAAAGGGUCGUAGGAUUCGUGUACAGAGAAGGACUCGAUAACAUUUCUCUCGUUUACUUAAUACCAAAUGAAAAGUGAAAGAGAAAUAUAGAAAAAAGGAAGUAUUGUAGAAAUAUCGAAAGACAUUGUAAUAAAAGAUAUUCGAUUAAUUCUAAUCGGUAAAUCAAAUAAAAUUAUGGCCAAUCGAUUCGAGGAAAACACUGGUACAGAGGAAUCAUUCUAGAAAUACCUAUAUCGAAAAAAUUUCUCUUUUAAAAUGAACAAAUAUCAAAUGUCAACGAGUGUGUAUAUAUAUAUAUAAAAACAAAUCCAGUUUACAUAAGUCUAUUUUGUUAGAUCAAAGAAAAAAAGAAAAGAAUAAAAAAAACCUAAUCGUUGACAGUACUCGAUUUCGUGAUGCUCCAAUCGUGAUUUUGUGUUUUGAUCUUGUGACAUCCCAAUAUCCCGACAAAAGUGUUCUUUUUUCGUCAAUUUUACUUCUAACAAGGAGAAGAAACGACAAGGUUGUUUUGUUGCAACUAAUGAGCAAUAUUUACAACUUAUUAUUUUUAUGGGGAUUCUAAAGAAAAAGGAUGGGAGGAAAGAUCAGAAACCUUUAUACGAAUCGUUCAUGAAGAUAAACCAGAAGGACAUACUUACGUUUGAUAGUGUGCCAAAUCUUCCGGGAAGAUUAAAAAUUGUUCUUUAAUUCGACGGAACUAUAUAUAUAUAUAUUUUUUUUUUCUCCCUCUUUCUCUCUUUCUCUCUUAAGCAGAUCGUUAGUCACGUGUUAUUUGAUUUCAUUGAAAAUAGAGAAGAGAAACAAAGAAGACAAAUAAGAAGAUAUAUUAUAUUUCAAGCAUAUCCAAUCGAUGAAAUUUCAACGAAAAUUUCGAAUUGAAGACUGUCUAUUUGUGACAUAUUCUUUUUAUAAAGAAUUUAAAUUAUACAUUUAAUAAAAAGUGAACUUUUAUUUCGUUUUUGUCAGCGAGAUAUGUAUAUUUCUGAAAAAAACGAAAAAGAAAAAAAAAGAGAGAGAAAAAAAGGAAAAAAAUCGAGUGAUAUUCGACACCAUAGAUAUUCGUUCGGUUAAGAUAAUCGAUGAAAAUAUUUAUAAAAUGUUCCAGGGUGUAUUUUUUCUUAAUAAUUAAAAAUCUCACAGAGCCACACGGCUCUAUAAUGUGUCCUGGUCCGAAUAUUUUCUUUUAUGUCAUCUAAAUUUGUCGUUUCGCUUUCACGGCGUUGUGGUAUAUUUGUUGUAUGAAUCUGUUGGGUCAUCGACCUAGAACGAUCUCAUCGUCGAAUAAUUUUAGAUAACGAAAGUGAAUGAAAUAUUAGAAAAAAAUAAAUUCGAUAUUGGAAAAAGUUGGGCGCUUACAUGAACCAAAAUUAGGUACGAAUUCAAGAAAUUUAAACUUAUAUCUUACGAUUAUAAAAUUUUUAAUGAAUUUUUCUAUAAAUUGAUCCUUUUUUAUAAAUCAAACUUUUCAUUCAUAAUAAAUUUUUAACGAAAUACUGAUAAGAUAUUUUAUCGAUCUCGUCGAUUAUAUGUAUAUUUAUAUAUUUAUACUUACGUUUUAAAUAUUACACGAUAAUACUUUGACGGAUAUUAGUUUAAUGAUAUAGGUAAAAGAUAUUUGUUGUAAUAACGUAUGUAGUAUCUAUGUACUUACGUGUGCUCAUCCAAGCGCGCGUAAACAGACGUAUACAUGUUAUAAGUUAAAGACGUUAACUUACAAAUUUCAGGAAAUAACGAUAGAUCGAAUGCGAUGACGUUUUUAAUUUAAUACAUUUUAACAAGAAAAUACGAAGAAAACUCUCGAUUAGAAUAAAAUUUGUAUCAUUAAUCGAAAAUAUCACUGAUAAACAAAAAGAUAUUACGAAAAAAAAAAAAAAAAUGUCUAAUUCACCCGGUAUUAAAAAAGUACCACCAAGACCGAAAAUCACUCUGCCGAUUCCUGGUCAAUAUGGACGAUAUCCACAAACACCCGCGGGAUACGUAUCGACACCUUAUAAUCAAACACCCGCACCUAUGACACCCGUGCCUGUAACGCCCGUUUCCGGACAACCACAAGUAUUUUAUUCCAAUAGAGCUAGCGAAUUCGUAUUUACACAAUUCAAAGGAAUCAAAGACUUCACAAAAUCUGGACUUAGUGUAGGCGAGAGAAGUGUUUUUUGGUUAUAUGAGAAGGUUAGCUCCUGGAGUAAACGAUGGUUCACCCACAUAUUUUUAGUCGUUAUUGUAUUUUUGUAUAGUGUAGCCGGAGCAAUGAUUUUCAUUACCAUCGAAGGAACCAACGAAGAUAUAUUUCAUCUCAAUAUACGUCAAGAAAGAAACAAGACGAUCGAACUGAUUAGGGAACUCUGGGACGAUGAAGUAUUGGCCUCGGAUGUGGAACUUUGGAAAGGAGGAGCCCGAAGGGAACUUAUGAAAUAUGAAGAACACCUUUACGAAUUCUACAAACUUGGCGUAAUCGACCGUGGUGAGAAAGUCUGGACAUUUUGGAACGCCGUUUUUUACUGCGGCACGAUUUACACGACUAUCGCACACACAGUUACGACGUUUCUCGUCGUUGACGAGUUGUCGACGAUGGAGGAUAGUUACACGGUCCACCGACGUCGCAAAGCGGCGGCAAAGAGACGUGAAAAAACACCGGAACCCUCGUCGAGAAGUCAACUCGUUGAGACAUCCGAGGAUGAGGAAGAGAUUAGGAGAGCAAGGAUGGAGAAGAUGGCUGAGGACACCGAACGUAUGGAAGAGAUGGAAAAGGAGAGGAAGGUGAAAGGUCAAGAGAAGGAGGGACAAUUGUACGAGGGUCAGGAUGAGAAGGAAAGGACUCGUGAAAGAAAGAAAGUUACAAACGGUAAGAAGAAUGUUACGAAACUCGAGGAUGGCUCGAAUGUUACUCGUCAAGAGAUGCUUUCUUCGCAAGCAACAACAAGUCUUGUUACUCGUUCACGUGAGAUCGAUAACGAUAACAACGUAGAACGGAAUGUACAACAGGAUAUUAAGGUUGAGAGUAAAAUAGAAGAGGGUAUUGAGAAAAAGGAAACUCUGAGGAUAAAGGAAGAUGACAGCGAACUUAUCGACACGAGGAAAGUCGAAAAACGAACAAAAAAAAGAUCGAAGGAUCGUAUGAUCGAAAGACAUCAAAGAUCAACGGAUUCCAGCGAGGAAAAAAGCGAGACUAGCCCAAGCAGAUUAAAGUCCUCUGAAAGUGUGAGACCGAGAACGAGGAAGUCCAUUGGGAAAACUCGAACGAGCGAGGGUGAUAAGUCCGUUCGUGAGAAGCACUCGUUCGAAGCGAAAAUUCGUCCUAAGGAUAAGCCCGAGAAAAAAUCUUUACAACAACCCUCUGACCCCAAUGAAAGUAUCAUAGAGGGAGCGACGAUGAAGAAGAGCGAAAGCUUUCCACCCAGAUCCCUGGAACGACAACCAGUCGUAAAGAGGUCAGCGACAGAUGUUAAAAAACAAGUGAUACCAUUGAGUAAUGAUAGUCUAAUAGAGGAUUUUGCGAAAGCACAGCGCGAGUAUUUAUUGAGAGAACGUAGCAUUUUAGAUCCUGAUCUACCAGAGGAGGAAUAUCAGGACGCUAGUGAAAUUAUGGCUAUGAGAAGACGAAAAAUUGGUAUGAUUCAUAACGAGAGCGAACAUCAAAAGAUUAUUAAUUCGGUGAAAGAAGAGUCGGCAGAUUCGAAGAAAAGUUCUUGGUUCUCUCGGUUCACAUGGUUUUUAUUCUUUUUGAGAAAGAAAAAAACUGAUAAUUCCGAGGUAGAAAAACGCGAAGACAUUCCGCAAAAUGAGUCAACGCAAGAAAUAAAUAAUUCUGAGAACGAACGUAGGGAUAUACAAGAAAAAGUCACUUUCUUGGAUUUCCUUCGUGCACUCAAAGACGUUGCAUCCGAAUUAAAGGCUUUCAUGAUUCAAAAUCCUAUAGAGAUGCGGAUAAUAAGAAAAAUGAGAAAUCGUUGCAUAGCUCAAUUAAUCCUAAUUAUGAUAUAUUGCGGUCUUGGUGCUUUUGUUUUCCGAUUUACCGAAGGCGCGUUUGAGACCUUUUACAAGUGCGGCGUAAAGAGAGUUAAAAGAGACUUUUUGGACAGUCUAUGGAAUUAUAGUCACAAUCUUAGAGAGGACGAUUGGAAGAGCCUGGCACGAAGAAAGCUAAUGGAGUUUGAGGAACAAUUACAUACCGCUCACGAGGCAGGUGUACACACGUAUAGUGGACAAAGAAGUUGGACCUUCUUGAAUGCUGUCGUAUAUUGUCUUACUGUGAUCACCACUAUCGGAUACGGUCAUAUCUCACCGAGCACUACAACUGGAAGAGCCAUCACCAUUGUUUAUGCCAUAUUUGGUAUUCCGAUGUUUCUUAUUUUAUUGGCAGACUUUGGCAAAUUAUUCACACGCGGUAUCAAGUUCCUUUGGGCAUUCGUAAGAAGGCUCUAUUACACCGGAAGUUGUCGAAAAGUUCGUCGGACCGUGCCUGUACAGGAAGUUAUGAAAGGCGUCCAACUCGUAUACGAUCUCGCGACGUUUAGAAGACCAUCCCAAAUGAACCCGGAAGAUAUAGAAGAGAUUCAAAAACAACAAAAUCAACAAGCUGUAUUAAAUAUAGAUGGCAAUGCACCAGAUACACCGGGAACACCGGCUAUGUCAACGUUCGCAAUAGACGAUGAAUUUAAUCUUCCGAUAUCAGUGGCAAUAUUCAUUCUUCUUGGAUAUAUCUUCAUAGGUGCUACGCUUUAUAACGCGUGGGAGGAAUGGGGUUUCUUCGAGAGUUUCUAUUUUGUUUUCAUUUCUAUGAGCACUAUUGGUUUCGGCGAUUACGUGCCAAAGAUGCAUCCCAUGUAUAUGAUGUGUUCGAUAAUAUACCUGGUAUUCGGCCUGGCUCUAACUUCAAUGUGCAUCAACGUAGUACAGGUGAUGCUGUCGGAUUCGUUCAAGCAGGCAAGCCAGAAAAUUGGUGCUACGAUCGGGUUUGAAAUCGCGGAUGAUGACGGAUCAGUGAAACCUGCUCCACCACCACCGGUGGAAGUGGCAGACAUUCAUACCUCUAUAAAAGAUUCUGAAAGCGUUGAAAAAAUAGCACCUAAAGCGAAACAAGAGGAUGUAGAUCUAUAAGUUAUGAAAAUACUUUUAGAUAUGGUUAUUCAAAAAACAUUUAAUUGAUCUUACGUUCUUUCGAAAGAGCUUUAAGUGCAAAUUCCAAUUUUGAAAAAUUAUAAUUCUCUGCUUGCUUGAUCAGAUGGAUUUUCGGCUUUUAUUAUUACAAUAAAUAUGUAUAUGUAUUGUGUAUGCGCGCGUGUAUGUGCGUAUGUGUGUAUGUAUGUGUGUAUGUUAUGU